GAUUAGCUAAAGAGAAAGAUAAAUCAAAUUUCAACCAUUAAAACCCUAAUAACACAAGCCGUUCCCGCUUCGCCUUCAUAUCAAAAAUAAGUCACACUCAAUUCAACUGCCCUUACAAACCUAACCGCUUGCCGGAAAACGCAACCGGAGUUACUCGCCGGCCACCGUAAACAGUGAGAAAUACGUAAACAGUGAGAAAUACAUUCAGGUUUUGUUGGGCAACUAUUCUUACGGCAACUCGGUAUGGAAUACAAGAUAGACACCGCAGAUAAGAAGGUGCUGGUUGAUAUUGUAAAAUUGGCACAAAAAAGAGGCAUGAAGGGUAAAAUGGGAGAUUGGAAAGAAUUCUUGAGCAGUCAUGAUAAACAGUUUGGGGCACGUAUGAGUGAUCCAUCAAAGAAGCCCCAUGAAGUUUUGGCUGCAUUUCUAAAGACAUUCUCAAAGGACGAGGAUUUGAAGUUUUUUAAUAACGUCAUGAAGCAUCAUUCAAAUCAAUACAUCUUAGAGCGGCUGAAAGAAAGAUCUCAUGAUUCCCCCGAGCAGAGUCUAGUCCAAGAAACUCUCCAGCACCCACUGUAUCCAUUGGAUUAUUCAUUUCCAUCAAUUGACGAGGGAUGGUUAGUGAUAAGCCUUAAAAGAAAAUCCAAGGGGGUAAGAUCUACUACAAUGCUUGCUGUUGAUUGUGAAAUGGUUCUCUGUGAAGAUGGGACCGAAGCUUUAGUCAAAGUUUGUGUUGUAGAUCACAAUUUAGAGGUCAAACUACACAAACUUGUUAAACCGGACAAAUCAGUCAUAGACUACAGAACAGAGAUUACUGGUGUCUCUUCUGAAGAUCUAAAGACAGUGACUUGCUCCUUAGCUGAUAUACAGAAAUCACUGAGGAAGUUAAUCGAUGGAAACAUAUUAGUGGGACACAGUUUAUAUAAUGAUCUACGUGUGCUGAAGAUAGAUUAUGUUAGAGUAAUUGACACCGCAUAUAUCUUCAAACCCGUGGAUGGAUCUAUUCACAGGAGACCGUCUUUGAAUAGUUUAUGUCAGUCUGUGUUGGGAUAUGAAGUUCGGCAAAAGGAUGCUCCACAUGAUUGUCUAGAUGAUGCAAGUGCAACAAUGAAACUUGUUCUUGCAAGGAUCAAACACGGCGUUGAUAAGCCAUUUCCAUUGACGUUGGUUCAAGAGCAAGUUUCAGAGAGUGAGAUGACAAAGCUGCUUCUUCACAGAAUACCAACUACUGUGAACAAGGAAGCACUACAUGAAAUUAUUCCUGGAGAUUUCACACUAGAAGUAAAGCCUCCCAGGAAUGGUCAAGGAGAUAUCUAUUCUGCUGUAGCUAUCUUUAAGAACCAUCAAGAGGCAGGUGAUGCAUAUGAAAGUUUCCAAGGCAGCCUAACAAAGGAUUCAAAUGGGCGUCCACAGAAAUCGGUCACAUUUCGGCUGAGUACGGGCACAAGUGUCAGUCUAUUUGUUCGGAGAUUGCCAAGUCAUGCACACCGCAAGAGAGAUUUUCAAGUGGAUGGAACAGAUGAUGUUUCCAAGAACAAGAAAAUAAAAAUGGAUCCUGAAGUUGAAAAGGAUGCCCUGAAUGCAGUUGAUGAUUCCAAGGAAGUAAAAGUGGAUCCUGAAAUUGAAAAGGAGAUUGAAGACGCCCACUUGAAGGAGAUUGAAGCACUGAAUCAACAAUUGAAAGAAAGAGAAUUGGAGAUUGAAUCAUUGAAGGAACAGUUGAGAAAAAAGGAUUUUGAAAUCACUACACUGCAUAAUAUGGUAGCUAAAAUAAAAAAGCGACAGCCUAAAAUACGCUAGUCUUGGCACUGGUAUGUGGUGUUAGAUUAUUUGAUCAAUGAAUUCAAGGACGUGCUAUUCUCAAUUGAUUCUUAUAAAACUCUGGCAAUGUCUUAAAACCGCUUUGGAGAAGCUUAUAGCUUUGGUACAUUGGUAUGUACCUGUUCUCCCUUUUACCAAUUCAAAUUGGGAAUAGAAAUUUUGGGUCUGAGGGAUCACGAUGUGGAACUAUAUUAUUCAUCAACAACCUCCAUAAUGCUAUUGUGUUAUUUAAGAUUCUAUGAUGUGGAACUAUAUUAUUGUUUGAAACGUUUUGUAAUGUUGACUAAAUACAUUCAAUUUUAGUUGGCCUUGUUUGAGAAUAUUUUUUUAUGGGUUAAAGUUGCGUGUUUUAAUUAGUGUGGUGUAAUUUUCACUUUGACCUAA